UCAAAAGCUGCGCAGAGGAAAACAGGUGCGGAAACAAGGAUAACGCAGUGGUUAAUUAUAGGGAUUAUUGAUUGGCAACAUGGCCUGCCGCACGUCGUUCUUGAAAGCCGUUCUUAUCGUUCUCAAUGUGCUGCUAUCGGUGCGUAUGGGUUAUGGGUGAUGGCCCCUAGUUGUGGGGCCAACUACGCACUAGCCAAUAAUACUAACCUAAUGUUACUUUAUUGCCAGCUGAUUGGAGUGACUUUGAUUGCUCUGUCCGUGUACGAGCUGAACAGCUCUACGCCGGGCACCUUCGAGCACAUCGCCAUCGUGGUUCAGAUCUUCGUGGGCACCUUCGUGGUCCUGACCUCGUUUCUGGGCUGCUUUGCCACCGCCCGGGUUUCCCUGGGACUGGUUUGGAGCUAUGUGAUCUGCCUGCUAAUCCUGCUGUGCCUGCAGAUCUACAUAAUCGCCGCAGCUCACUCCACCGACUACGUGGAGCGGUCCAAGAAGGACUUCCUGGUCAUCUGGGCUGAUCGCAGCGCCAAUGUGGAACGCAUAUCGCUGCUCCAGCAAAAGUACUCCUGUUGCGGCCAGCUGGGCGCCCACGACUAUAUCCUGAUGGGCCGGGGAAUACCCUUGAGCUGCUACAGGGCGCAGGAGCGGCGUGAGAACACCUUGUUCACUGAGGGCUGCCAGCAGGCUGUGCAGGCGCAUGCCACCGACAACGUGGCCAUCGGACUCAUCAUCAAGUGGCUGCUGCUGCUGGUGGAGGUGGGUUCCAUGCCGCCGGCCUUGGCCACAUAUUUCAGUGGGCUUGGUUGGCCAAGGGCGGUGCGCAUAAAUAGACGCCUUAUUGGACGCUGGGCUCUAAUCAAAUAUGUAUUCCCUUCUCUCCGCACAGUUCGGCGCCCUGGGAGCCGCCACGCACUUGGGCAUCACGGUGCGCAAUAAAUUGCGGCGCGAAAGAUUCUAGGAGAAUCGGUUGAUGGCAACGCAUAAUCCGAUAUCAAUGAAUUUUUAUAGCAGUUUAAGAUGAUCUGGAGGCAACCGAAGCGUAGAAUAAAAAAUAAACCAAAAUCAUAAUAUUCAAUAAGUGUUGUUUGUGCCCACUAUAUGCGGAAUUUCGUCGGGC